AUGUCUAUUGAGGAAGCCUAUCCAUUUGUCUACCCAGCCCCACUGGCUAAGAGGGUACCGCCAGGGCGUCAAACAUUGCCAGAGAGCGACAACAACAACAACAACAAGGAGAUGCCAACAAUAACUCAAAUCAUAGGAGUAAGAGGUGUCGUCGUCGCUCUUCCAGCAGCUCAUUGGAUACCACACAAGUUUCCUAAUGCUCUUGUCUGGGACUUACUUCAGUACAACUACAUCAAGCUGGAGAAAAUCAAUGCAGGAGUCAUUCCCAAUGUCACCAAUCAUGUGUCAAAGUCAAAAGACAAAGAUGCGGCGGCUAAGAUCAAGCCAAAACCCUUCACGGAGUCGGGAGAAUGGAGAGAAUCCCUUAGCAUUCUAUGGAAAGCGCUAUCAUUGGCAUUUGUGGGUCUUCGGUUAGAAGUCUUUUCGAAAUACUUCCUCCCUUCCAUAUCAAGUUCUUAUAAUUUCUGUUUUUUCUUCUUUGCCUUGGUUUACUUCAUAACAAUCAUUCAAGUUAAACACAAACAAUAG